GACCCAUCCCCUUUUUCUCGCAUUUAGUAAGCAAAACCCCCUCUGUCUCUCUCUGUAACAAGGAGAAGUAGGAAAACAGAGAAAGGAUGAUGGUUCAUCUCCACAGGAGCCACCGCAAGGGAGAGGAAAGCUUGUCAGACUCCCAAGCCUUUGUGGAAUGUGCAAACGUCUACAGAAGAACAAGGCCGAGGCUGCUCCGUCUCUUCACCCUAUUCUCCCUCAUCUCCUGCAGCCUUGUCUUUGCUCCUCGCCUCCUCGGUCGCUCUUCCUUCUUCCCCUUCUUCUAUUUGGAGGACGCCUUCUUAGAUGAAACGGAGCAACCUUCCCUCUCUUGUUCUCUAACACUAAAAAAUGGAAGUAUUUGCUGUGACAGAAACGGCUUUCGUUCAGAUAUUUGCUAUAUGAAAGGAGAUGUAAGGAUCUCGCCUGCCACAAGCUCGGUUUUUUGCUACACGAAUGAUACUAAGGAACAAGAAGAGACUACUAAGAUCAAGCCAUAUACAAGAAAAUGGGAAACAAGAGUGAUGAACACCAUAGAAGAGCUGACUCUCAUAAGGACUUCGAGUUCCCCUCAUCUCCAUCAGUGCGACGUUCAUCACUCUGUUCCUGCCAUUUUCUUUUCAACCGGGGGCUACACGGGCAAUGUCUACCACGAGUUCAACGAUGGCAUUCUUCCUCUGUACAUCACUUCUCACAGCUACAAGAAAGAGGUGGUUUUUGUCAUCUUGGAGUUCCACAACUGGUGGGUAAGCAAAUAUGGUGACAUUCUUUCCCAUCUCACCAACUACCCACCAAUCGAUUUCGCAAGGAUCGACCAACGCCAUUGCUUCUCAGAAGCCGUCGUCGGCCUCAACAUCCACGAUGACCUCACGGUGAACCCAUCGCUGAUGCACAGAGACCCCAAAUCCAUAGUCGACUUCCGCAACAUGUUGGACGACGCUUACACGCCCAGAAUCAGCGCCAUACGGAAGGAAGAGGGGGAUGAAGCAGACAAGGACGAGAGUGGUCUGAGGCCGAUUUCAAGUCCCAAGCUCGUGAUCAUCUCGAGGAACGAUUCGAGGGCGAUUCUGAAUCAGGAAAGCUUGGUCAAGCUCGCCGAUGAGUUGGGGUUUGUGGUCGAGGUAUUGUGGCCGACCCGAACGACAGAGCUCGCAAAGAUUUACAGAGCUCUGAACUCCAGCGAUGUCAUGGUGGGUGUUCAUGGCGCUGCAAUGACGCACUUUUUGUUCUUGAGGCCUGGAACUGUGUUCAUUCAGGUGGUGCCAUUGGGCACAGAUUGGGCUGCACAGACUUACUAUGGGGAGCCCGCUGUGAAGCUGGGAUUGAAGUACAUGAGGUACAAGAUUCUUCCCAGAGAGAGCUCUCUGUAUGCAGAGUAUGACAAGGAGGACCCUGUUCUAACCAACCCAAGAUCACUGACCAAGAAAGGGUGGGAGGUGACCAAGCAUCUGUACCUGGAGCGGCAGAACGUGAUAUUGGACACGAAGAGGUUUAGAAAGAGAUUAGAGAUGGCGUACCUCUACUCUGUGGCUAGAAGAAGAAGGGAGAUGAUGGACAGUUUUGCUUUUCUCUAGCUACUGCAGAUGAUGGGUCUUAGGACAUUAGGGCUCUUCUUUUUCUUCUUUACCUUGACACUCUAGGUUGUGUUUUGGAAGUGGUUGACAGGUUGCCUGUUAGUAGAUUAUGAUUGGUGAAAAUGUUGAUUUCUAGAUUGGAAAGGAGAAGGGGAGGGGGAAUUAACUGGGGGAUCAUAUUGCCGGUGAUGUAGAUAAGGACGUCGUUCAAGAACAAAAGCAUUCAUCUCCCUCUGAUUUAUAAGUUAGGAAUAUAUAUCUGGUAUACUUCUGGUC